AUGUACGUUAUUAGUGAGAUUCAGAAUGAAUGGAGUGUUUAUAUCCAAUAAGAAUUUUAGUUUGUUUUGGAUUUGCGAACUAUGCUGCACCGUAGGCUUGUUGUGCACAGUGCAGCAGGAUUAUUGUACGGAGCUAUCGAAAAAGUCAUUGAGCAUGAUUUUGGGUCAAGCUUUCAAUCCUCGAUAUAUGAGCAUUGAUCCACCGAAGAGCGGAAGCAACGAAAAUAACCAAAAUUCAGGAUCAAAGAGAUCCGUUUUGGAUGUACCAUUCUAUGCUGAUGAUAAUGUCGUUUCAUUAGGCAGUUUCCCCGCGUGGGAAACAAACCAUUUCUCGUAUUUUGCUAAAAACGAGGAAGACUCAUUAAAGAGGAAAACCAUAAGCAUAAGAAAUGUCUUCAUGGACAAGAGCGGUCAUGGAAAACCUGAAGUUUUCAAAACCCGGCCAUGGGAAUGCUCUUCAAUAAUAAACUGGAUCGAUCUGGGCUUAAAUUACUUUCCGCGCUACAUUCGAUCCAUUGAAUGCAUUGCAAAAAAAUGUUGGUAUGGACACUUCAAAUGCAAACCCAAAUCAUUCACCAUAAAAGUGCUGCGUCGUAAGCCGGGCUCAUGUAUUCAUAUAAGCGAUAAAUUAAUUCUCAUAACUUCGGAUGAAUACAUCAACGAUUAUACGCAACUCUGGAUUUGGGAAGAAAUCGCUGUUAAUUUUUGCUGUGAAUGCGUGAUGUUAUAUUAAGAUAAAUUAAAAUAUUAUUUAUGGUCA